AUGGAAUUUCCUUCCAGAUCGCCUAGCGAGAUGAUAGCAAUCCUCCAUGCAAUAGCCGACAGUAUGUUCACCUUGGGAAUCGAUCUGCCAUUCACGAAAUAUCACAAAGGCUUGAAGGGCCACGAGGAGAUGACUGCCAUCGUUGAAGAGUCCAUCCGGGUCAUGGAGGGGCACACACCCAAAGACGGACAGCCCAUAAAGGCUCUGAGCCGAAUCUUGGAUGCUGAAGACGAGGAUGGCAAUGGAAUCGACAUGGAUUUCAUCAUCAACACUGUCAUCGUUUUGCUUUCGGCAGGAUACGACACUGUCAGCUCAACAAUGGACACCAUUUUUCAUGGAUUGGCGCUCAACCCCAAGAUUUGGGACAACCUGCGCAAGGAGCAGCGCCGAGUGAUGGAAAGAUUUGGCAGUGACAUCACCCGCGAGGCGCUGGAUGCCAUGGUUUAUGCCAUGGCGGUGGUGAACGAGGGACUCAGGGCGCAACCCAUGGUGCCGUUCGUUUUCAAACGCGCAGAGAAGAGCUUCGAACUGGGCGGCUACCAGAUUCCAGUCGGCAUGCAGGUCAUAUCUGGGUACGGCUUCACCACGCGGUACCUGGACGGCAGGUGGAGCGACCGUGACGAAUUCCGGCCCGAGCGAUUCCUGGAGGUAGGGGCCGACAAGAUGGACUCGUUUGCACCCUUCGGCAUGGGGGCCCACUUGUGCCUGGGCAAGGAGCUGGGGCUCGUUCAGAUGCUGGUUUUGCUGGUGGUGCUGGCACGGGACUACGAGGUCAGGCUGCAGAACCCAAAUGCCCGCGUGGAGAUGAUGCCCUUUCCGCAUGCAGAGGACGGCUGCAUGGCCAUGGUGCACAGGCUCCCCAGCAGCAGGGCAUGA